UUUUGUAAUAGUAAGAAAAAUAUAGUUUACCCUUAAUAGUUUAUUGUUCCUUUUGCAAAAUCGUGUGAAAGAAAUGUAAAGAAGAAGAUGCCAAGUAUUUAUUCCUCCCUGAGGCGGUGACAUGUUUCUGCAACUCAAAGAAUAAUCUUUUCCUUCAGUUCCUCUUCUCAAUGAACACUCGAUACGUCAAGCAACUCCUCCGCAAUAUCUACCAGGGCGGAGAGCGGAAAAUACACCACGGCGGUGCCAUUGUUCAUUGUAAUCCGCCAUCCUUCACAAAUUGGCUAUGAUGGUUGUCAAAAAACAUUUGCCCUUGUGAGUUGCCAUAGCGAUGCCAUGGCUGAUAUUUGAGAGCACCGGUUGUAAUCCUUGCGACAUAUUUUGACACAUCUUACAAAUAAUCAUUUUGCAUAGUCAUUGGGAAGCCCUCAAGAUCAGUGUAGUCAAGAUCGAGUGCUGGAUUGUAAGAUCGUAAAGGCUUACUUGCUAAGGAUCCCUGAGAGUGCUGCGAUCAGAGAAAAAUCAUUUUCGAUGCCGGCAUGGUCAGGAUCAAGCUUUUUGAAGCAAAGUCGUAUUAUAAUUUUGAUGUUUUUGUGUAUGUGUGCGUAUAUGUAUGUAUGAAAUUACUAUUUAUCUCUUCGGUGGGAUCUUACGUGCUGUGCUAACGAUCCGAGUUUUACGAUCCUACUUAAGAUCUCGUGUUUGACUACAUUGCUCAAGACCCCACAGGAACAGAGAAGGGAAUUGGGAAAGAAAUAGAGACAGAGUUGUGGGGUUUGAACCCACUCAAUCUAUUAAAUGGGUUUGUUUCCUCAAGAGGUCUAUGCAAGGAAACUGAUGAAUGAUGCUCCAUGACCUGUCUCCAACAGGAGAUUUUUUGCUAUAAAUCUAGUCAUGGUUGAUGCUGUAUAUCUUACUCCAAGGUUCAUGAAUAACUGAUAUCACGAAAUGUCCAACAGAAUGAUUGUACCAAAUAUUUUCUCAACAAAGAAGAACCAUAUCGGAACUACAUGCACAGUGUUUUUAACCGACUUCAAUUGCAAAGGUCAAGAGCAGACAAGGUAGAAAAAGAUAAACUAAAAGAAGAGCAAAAAGGUUGUCAGUUUUCAUUGAAGUCUAAAGUUAAGAAGGUAGAUGACAAUAACGGGAUUAGCAAAUACAGUUCUGAUGAGGAAGAUUCAUCAGAUAGUAAAUGGAAGUUAGAGCUGGCUUGGCUCACUAAGGCAGUUGAACCAGCUCUGCAAUUUUGUAGGUGGGCUCUGCCAACAGGAGAUGGAAUUGGAAACAAACCUCCGCCAAAUAAUCGAUCCCUUAUGGAAAUAGUUUCCUUCAUCAAACGAAGCAAGAUUGGAAUCCAGGAUUGGAGUUUGAGUGACCUUACAAUUGGCUUGUAUCUGAUCUAUCUUCGUCAAGCUUCCACACAUCCAUUUGAAGAUAUCAAAGGCAUCCAGAUAUCGUCAGAAUCAAUAGUUCAAGAUCUCAUUUAUCAUAUUGAGUUGGCUAAAGGUGCUUAUAAGGAUAAUCCUGCGGUUCUUGCAAGGAACAGCAUGCUCCGAGAAAGUAAUAUCAUAAAAUUUGUUAAUAACUCCAGUGUAAUGAGGCCUGCAUAUUACCUAGGAGUUGACACCCGUAAAAAGCUUGUAAUUUUGGGCAUUCGUGGCACACAUGCUUUGUAUGAUCUUAUAACUGAUAUUGUUUCUUCAAGUGAUGGUGAAGUAACCUUUGAAGGCUAUUCAACCCACUUCGGCACUGCUGAAUGUGCUCGUUGGUUUCUUCACCAUGAGAUUGGAAACAUAAGAAGAUAUUUAGCAAAACAUGAGGGAUAUAGGUUAAGACUUGUGGGACAUUCUCUGGGAGGUGCAAUAGCUUCUUUACUGGCAAUAAUGAUCCAUAGAAAAUCAGCAAAGGAGCUGGGAUUUAGCCCUGACAUUGUAUCUGCUGUUGCAUAUGGAACCCCACCUUGUGUUUCCAAAGAACUUACCGAAAGCUGCGCUGGAUAUGUAACAACAGUUGUGAUGCAGGAUGAUAUUAUACCUAGAUUAAGUGUAGCUUCACUAACAAGGCUAAGAAAUGAAAUUCUUCAAACUGAUUGGACGAGUGUCAUUGAGAAAGAAGACUGGAAAAGAUUCCUAGAUUUAGUUACAAAUGCCAAGCAGGCGGUGUCUUCUGUGCAAGAUGUAGCUCAUAAACUUGCUGAUUAUGCCAAUUUCAGGGGAAACAAAACCCCAUCUGUUGAUCCAAUUGGUAAGGAGUUGCUAGAUACAGUAGAAGCACCGUUGCCCCCUAAAGCAGCAAAGGAGAAUUCAGUUGUCGUGAAAGUUGAGGAAACUAAACCGGCAGUAUCUGAAGAGUUAUUUAUACCUGGGACUGUUUACUAUCUUAAGAGGGACUUGGUAUCUCAAAAUGAUGUUGAAGAGGAAGUUUACACCCUUUUGAAGAGGCAAUCAGGUGAGCAUUUCCAGAGGAUAAUCCUUUCAGGCAAUUUCCUCACAGACCACAGAUGUGAUAGUCACUAUUUUGCUUUGAGAGAUGUUCUCAAAGGUUUGCCAUGGAAUGGCGAAGAAGGUAUUUUCCGGUAACAUAUUUUAGUUAUUAAUUUUUUUAACGGUUCUAUUUAACUGCAACGAAACAGUACUCUUAAUAAAUAGUUUUCUGCACUAAGAGGGGGUCUUACAGGUCUUUAGUCUGUUGGAGAUGUCAGGAACAGUAGCAUAAUAGAUUAGUAGUCAGGCAAUUUAUGUAAAAUAGAAUAGUUGUUCCUAUCCUAAAAUAGAUACUGAAUUAAUUCUGAAGCCAAUACUCAAUCAUUGUUGGGUUUGUUUUGUAUUCUUAUAUACUCAUGUUUUAGAUCUCAACGAGUGAUUUUUCUGGCUUGUGAGUUUGAA